AUGGCUACUCCUAUCACCUCACGGACGGAGACUCUCCAGAAGUAUCUCAAGCUUGAUCAGAAGGGUAUGAUCAUGGCUGAGUACGUCUGGGUUGAUGCCGAUGGUGGCACUCGUUCCAAGUCUCGCACAUUGCCCGAGAAAGAAUACAAGCCCGAGGAUCUUCCCGUUUGGAACUUCGAUGGUUCUUCCACUAACCAGGCCCCUGGUGACAACUCCGAUGUCUACCUCCGUCCCUGCGCCGUCUACCCUGAUCCCUUCCGCGGCUCUCCCAACAUCAUUGUUCUUGCUGAGUGCUGGAACGCCGAUGGCACUCCCAACAAAUACAACUUCCGUCACGAUUGCGUGAAGGUCAUGGACACCUACGCCGACGACGAGCCUUGGUUUGGCCUCGAGCAGGAGUAUACCCUCCUCGGCUCUGACAACCGACCCUAUGGCUGGCCCGCCGGUGGUUUCCCUGCUCCCCAAGGCGAGUACUACUGUGGUGUGGGCACUGGAAAGGUUGUCCAGCGCGAUAUCGUCGAGGCCCAUUAUAAAGCCUGUUUGUACGCCGGCAUCCAGAUCUCUGGAACGAACGCCGAGGUCAUGCCUGCUCAGUGGGAAUAUCAGGUCGGCCCCUGCACUGGCAUUGCAAUGGGCGACCAACUCUGGAUUUCGCGAUUCUUUUUACAUCGAGUCGCUGAGGAAUUCGGUGCAAAGGUUUCUUUGCACCCCAAGCCCAUUGCUGGCGAUUGGAACGGAGCUUUAAGUUUCCCUGGUCUCUGUUUCAUAUCCCUGAUACUAAUAUCUUUACAGGGUUUGCACUCCAACUUCUCCACGAAAGCAAUGCGCGAGGAGGGUGGUAUGAAGGUUAUUGAGGAGGCCCUGAAGAAGCUUGAACCUCACCACGUCGAGUGUAUCGCAGAGUAUGGUGAGGAUAACGAAUUGCGUUUGACCGGCCGUCACGAGACGGGAUCCAUCGACAGCUUUUCUUGGGGUGUCGCCAACCGUGGCACAAGCAUCCGCGUGCCACGCGAAACGGCUGCUAAGGGCUAUGGCUACUUUGAGGACCGCCGUCCUGCUUCCAACGCCGAUCCCUACCGCGUUACCAAGGUUCUCCUCCAAUUUUCUAUGGCUUAG